GACAGCACUGAGGUCCUGGGUUAUGUUCUUGGUUUGCUCUUUUUUGUGAUUGCCUGGACCUCCAAGUUCCGUGCCUUCUCCAGAGCAGUAAGUGACAUCCCAUCAUAGUUCAUGUCUGAGUUGCCAUACUUGGAUGUAUUGUCACAACAGGCCCUCAAAGUCAAGUGUUAUGUAGUGAAAACCUGCAACACAACAUGACAUAAUGCUCACUGCAACACUACAUAAUGCUCUCAGCACUUUAACCUCUUCAUUGAUCUUUUAGCGCAGAGGGGAGAUGAGUUCAAGGGCAAGUGUUCUCAGGGGUGCAGUGCUCUCUGGCCAGUGCCCUAUACUCCUCGGCCAUAUUGCUCCACGACACCCAGUAUGAGUUUGUACUGAGAGCCAUGCCUUGGCUACUGGCAUCAACGUGCUGUGCAGCCCUGGAUCUUGCUGUAUCCUUCUCCAGCUUAUGAAUAUGUAACCUCGUUUCCAGGCUCGAGAGAGCUGGCUGGUGGGCGAGAUUAAUGAAUAUGUGAAUAGAACUUCUAAUUGAAUUGAACCCCAACCAUGUUGUCAUUUCUGUCUUGACUCUGUGGUCAGGUUGUGUUCCUGUCCUGGUGCAGGAAGGGUACCACUCAGCAGCAGCCUGGAAGGGGUUCUCCAGACACAGUCUCCUAGGGGGCUUCUCUCCCCCACUCAGCAUAACCCCAGAGGGAAGACUAAGAAAAACAGCCAGUAAGCCUUGAGUCCUGUCUACACAUGCCUAGGUUAAGGAGAUGGACUCAAUGCCUGACAGUGUUGUAUAUGUGCUUUUAUAGAAAGUAUUGGAAUGAAAGAGCAAAUAAAGUUCUUUAAGCUAGAGAAUAAAAGACUCAAUGGCAGAUGUUUGAGAACUCCCCUUUAAGUUGCUCUUUCAUUCCUGUUCUGGCUUUGCCUCAUACAGUAUUUGAUAAUCAUCUUUAAACACAGCUCUCUUUCCUCAUGUGAGUUGGGCUUGGAUGGCUCUCCUCUCCGUGUUCCCUCCAAUAAAAAAAAUCUCAACAAGAUGGCUGAUAUGCGAUAUUACAUGGAUGUCAACAUUCAACCAGUACGAAAUGUGAGGGUAAAGACGUCUUUAGAACAUUUCAGGUGUGUCUGAAGGAGGUGACUCUGUCCAGGGAAGCAGGUGUGUCAGAGAGCCAUCCCCUCAGGAGGACCAUGAGGGGGGUGAGAGUGGACGAACCCUGCACCUCAGAAACGUUCUCCGACUCGUCAUCCCUCAACUCUGAUCUGGAGGUCAGAUCCCAACGGAUCCUUACAUCUUCCUCACAUCCUUUAUCAACAACCUUACUAUCGUGUAAAAUCAUCUUCUACAGCAACAUUUUGCCCAAUAUGGUUAAGUUCUUCUGAGUUUAAUAGUGACGUUUAGUAUGAGAUGGUAAAGAGAUGUGAACUGUUAAACCAUUUUCUGCCACAAGAUGGUGAUAGUAUGUGAAGAAUGGUUGAACACUUGUUGCUUUGGAUUCAUCUACGCAUCAGGGAAGCCUAUUAUUUUCAGUCUUAACACAUUGUAGGCCCUGCCCAUUACCAAGUAAAAAUCAAGACCUUUACCCGCAAGGUCUUCUGAAGUGCUUUGCUUGGUAACUUAGUAUGUUUAUUUAACGUUACUUCUUUAUGCUCAGGCCUUCCCAUGUGAACUCACUAUUAUGGUGCAGUGAAAGUCCACUCAAGGGUCGUUUCAUAUGAAUUCUAUCACUUUCUGACUGCACCCCUUUUGAUUUGAACAAAACCUUCCAUACAUGUUUGCCCAUGGUAGAAGUGGUCAAAAAGCGACUUUUUGGACCUGAAUGCCAAAACAUUCAGGAGACAGAGGUGCUCAAAGUUGACCCAUUUUGCAUACCUACCAUUAGACAUCCAUGUCUUCGUCACUGAAAAAUAUAACUGACGUUAAAAGAAAAGAAAAAAUACAUAGUUUUUUAUAUCAAACUCAACCGUUUAUCUAAACUCAGAUUUGUCACAUUUUCACAUUGUAGCUUAGACCCUAAUUUAUCUGAGGUGUUUACAGGGCUGGUUCCAGGCAGAAGCGACAUAACCGGUAGCGUAGGGCACCCAGCCCCAAACUCAGUCGGGGUCUCAACUUACUAUUGAGAGUAAAAAUAGUAGGAUACAACAGGUGCAAUUUCAGGAUUUGGUUGUGCAUUAGCAGUUUUUCUCUUAUAUCAGUCAUUGAUAGUCACUCAAUUACCCAUGUCAGCUAACAAUUGAUAGAUUGAUAGUUAGUCUAGCAAGCUAUCUAAACUUGUAGUAAUCAUGGCCGGAUAACGACCGAGCACGAAGGGCACGUGCCCAGGGGCCCUGACCUCCAGGGGGCCCCCAUUGACUUUAUUAGUCAUUAUUACUCAGAUAUUGUAUUAACAUCCCGUGACUUUUUCCAAAUUUUUGUUCUGUUAAGAGAAACGACAGUCCAUCAUUACUUUAAGACAUGAAGGUUAGUCAAUACGGAACAUUUCAAGAACUUUGAAAGUUUCUUCAAGUGCAGUCGCAAAAACCAUCAAGCGCUAUGAUUGAACUGGCUCUCAUGAGGACCGCCACAGGAAUGGAAGACCCAGAGUUACCUCUGCUGCAGAGGAUAAGUUCAUUAGAGUUACCAGCCUCAGAAAUUGCAGCCCAAAUAAAUGCUUCACAGAGUUCAAGUAACAGACACAUCUCAACAUCAACUGUUCAGAGGAGACUGUGUGAAUCAGGCCUUCAUGGUCGAAUGCUGCAAAGAAACCACUACUAAAGGACACCAAUAAGAAGAAGAGACUUGCUUGGGCCAAGAAACACGAGCAAUGGACAUUAGACCAGUGGAAAUGUGUACUUUGGUCUGGAGUCCAAAUUUGAGAUUUUUGGUUCCAAUCGCUGUGUCUUUGUGAGACGCGGUGUAGGUGAACGGAUGAUCUCCGCAUGUGUAUUUCCCACCGUAAAGCAUGGAGGAGGAGGUGUUAUGGUGUGGGGGUGCUUUGCUGGUGACACUGUCUGUGAUUUAUUUAGAAUUCAAGGCACACUUAACCAGCAUGGCUACCACAGCAUUCUGCAGCGAUACGCCAUCCCAUCUGGUUUGGGUUUAGUGGGACUAUCAUUUGUUUUUCAACAGGACAAUGACCCAACACAGCUCCAGGCUGUGUAAAUGGCUAUUUUACCAAGAAGGAGAGUGAUGGAGUGCUGCAUCAGAUGACCUGGCCUCCACAAUCCCCCGACUUCAACCAAAUUGAGAUGGUUUGGGAUGAGUCGGACCGCAGAGUGAAGGAAAAGCAGCCAACAAGUGCUCAGCAUAUGUGGGAACUCCUUCAAGACUGUUGGAAAAAGCAUUCCAGGUGAAGCUGGUUGAGAGAAUGCCAAGAGUGUGCAAAGCUGUCAUCAAGGCAAAUGGUGGCUAUUUGAAGAAUCUCAAAUAUAAAAUAUAUUUUGAUUUGGUUAACACUUGUGUUAUUGAAUAGUUUUGAUGUCUUCACUAUUAUUCUACAAUGUAGAAAAUAGUAAAAAUAAAGAAAAAGCCUUUAAUGAGUAAGUGUUCUAAAACUUUUGACCAGUAGUGUACAUUACAAAAAGUGUAUGCGUUUUUAGAUAUUGACAUUAAAGGUAAUAAAAUGUUUUCAAGAAAUGUAUAAAAUAGUUUGAUAACCCUAGUUUGACAAAGCUUUCAAAUUAUAUCCAAACUCAACCGUUUCUCUUUUUCAGUGAUGAAGACGGAUGUAUAAUGGAAUGGUAUGCAAAAUGAAUCAAUUUUGAGCACCUCGAUCUCCUGAAUGUUUUGGCAUUCAGGUCAAAAAAGUCACUUUCUGAUCACUUCUACCACGGGCAAACAUGUAUGAAAGGGGUGCUGUCAGAAAGUGAUUGAAAACCCUUUGGCUCCACCGAAAGCAAAGUCAUGGAGGAUGUCAUUUAACCUGAAACAAUUGCAAAUGGUGUGAGUGAAAACAAUUGGAACUUUAUACUAUUCACCAAACAGGAAAAGGCUAAUGAUGUGAACCUUCCCUGGCUAAGUGUGUCAAAGAGCAGUAGGGCCCAAACAGGGGUUCAGAACAUACUGUAGUUAACAUGGCUUUGAAUUGAGUCGUUGUCAUUUUGUCAGCAGUGGCAUGCAAGUAUUUGAGGUCUUUUUCAUCCAUUUACUUAACAUCUCAAAUGUUAUUCUUUCCCUCUGGUUAGAAUUGACCAAGGUCUGACAAAUGUCAGACGUUAGGUUACUUAGUAAUAUGGCGGGGGGAACGACUCCUGUUCAAUUCCGUCGACACAUAUUGCAUAAUCUUCAGUCACUAACACUGACAAAUCAUCCAUGAAUGGGGAUGGGCUGACAGCCUGCCAAAUGUGUUCCUUUAGGUCUGAGAAGUGCUAUUCUGGAUUAUUUUAUUGCAGUGCCUGUCUACCUAGCUUUCUAUUAUAUAAUACUAAACUCUAGGCCAGGGCCAUAGAGCUAUAAAGUUGUUUGAUCUUAUUUGGAGAACAAAUGGGUUAAGGAUUUAAUUUUACAACUGAAUGAUAUUAAAAUAAAUUGCAUAAAUGAUGAAGUUGACUGAAAUAAUUUGGGUCGUUUUGCAUAUCAUUAAUUGCUUUUGCAUUGAAAUCCCAUGAGGAAAUAAGGCCUUUUGCAAUUUGUCGGCUGCAUAAUCUCAUCACAGGACUCUGGCUCUGUUUCUUCGUACUCUAAAAACAACCUCAGCCACAAGAAAGCAGUUUGGAAUUUUCUUUGUAUUGUGUUUCUCGCUCAUUUCUGCUGAGUGCUUGUUCUGGCGGGGUUGGGGUGAGGCGGAGGGGUUGAAUUGUUCGAGAUUUGCAUUGUGGCCCGAUUGUUCUGCUGUUAAAGAUCUUUGAUUAAAGACAAAGGCAGGGUCAGUCUGACUCGGAAGCAAGCAAAAUGGUUGCCUAGCCUAUAGGGGAUUCAUCACUCGGCUCUGCUAUUUUGGGAGCUGUUUACAGUCUCCUGUGUGAUGCCUACUGGUCAGGGGCUUGGCUCAACAUUUUGUACACUGCUCUCCAAGGACUGAGGAGUUCAUUGGUUGAACAUGUGACAACAUUGAGUAUCACAGUUUGCAGGCUGCAGUGAACAAAUGAACAUUGUUAUGUUUUUAUUGCAGUGUAGAAUAUUUCCCUAGAGACCAAGAACACAAUAAUGUGAUUAAGAGGUAGACAUAAACAAUGUGUCAAUCAUAGUGAAUAUGCAUAAUAGAUAAACAGAAUCUCUGCCCUAUAACAAAACAACGGUCUUCUCUCCAGUGGGAUUUUGAAGAAGCAAAUGCACAGUGGAACAAACUGCCAAAAGAGCAAGAGAAAGUUUAUCAGUUUCCCCUGCAAGAAUGGCCAAAGAACCCAAGCCCAAAACCAAACAGUGUCUGCAUCUGUGGCAUCAUUGGACAGACUGUGAAGACCAUAUCAAGCAGAGUGGGUGACUGGAGUGGCAUGAUCAUUUCAAACACU